AACGAACUUGAAAUGAUUAAGCCCUCUUAUAGUUUGCAUUCAUGCUGGUGUGCUGGUAACAUUGCGCAUGGUACGCUUCUUCUGAACAUGAGAUGGCUAAGCCUAGAAAAGCAAAGCAGUGCUUGCCCCAGGCAGGAGGGGGAGGAGGCCAAAGUAAACGAAGACCGGCCUCAUCUUCGCAGCUGCUCGAAGAUUCGCACGAUCGGAUAGAAAAAGGUUUGAAAAAGACAGAACAAUCCUCCUACAAGAACAGGGUUGUUACCUGCCUCGCACUGCUCUGUGGGGCUCUCAACUCCUACAACGGUUACACGCUGUUUGAGAACGAUCGUUAUUUUAGCCAUCUGUCAAAUUUGGAAAGGGAGAUGACGUUCCGUACUGAAAUGGGUCUCUACUAUUCAUACUACAAGACAGUUGUAAAUGCUCCAAACUUGCCUACGGGCAUAGCAAAACUUGUGGUUAACAACGUGACUGAAUAUCCGUCAAAUAUCAACACACUAAAACGUUUCAAUCUGUAUCCUGAGCUCGUUAUCGGGCUUGGGUAUAGGAUAUUUAGCAAGCUCGCCGCAUAUCUUGGGGUCCAAACAAAAAACUGUUGGAUGAUCGAUCGCAAAGAGCUCCCAGCGGUGGAAAGUUGCACCGGUCUUGGUGAUUUAGCUAUUUACUAUGUCGUAUCGGUGUAUGCGUGGAAUGCAGUAACCGGCAUCGCUCUCGUCGGCUUGGCAUAUGUGGUAAGUGGGUCAGUGCUGGGUGCCAUCCUCACUUCAGUUGUGUACUUUUGCAAUUACAACGAGUCCACCCGUAUUCAGUGGACUCCACCACUGCGUGAAAGUUUCGCAUAUCCAUUUCUGCUCUUUCAUAUGUUUCAAACGACGCGUUUAUUACGUGCUCCUGUCGGGUUGCUGCCAAGCGUAGCUUACGUUGUCACAACAACCUGUUCUCUAUUGUUCUGGCAGUUCUCACAGUUCGCCUUACUUACGGAAAUUUGCUCACUUUUUGCCGUGUACAGCAUUCACAGCCGAAUUCACUGGAGUCAACUGCAAUAUAUCGCGGCCAUGCAUUUUUGUUCGGUGUUCAUAGCCUAUAUUAUGCUCUUCACGAAUGAUAUGCUCCUUACGUCAAUGUACACGGCAACUGUGACUGCUACAAUCAUAGUCGUCAAUGCUCGUCUACUGAACACGUUUAAAAAGCCUGUGCUAAAGACACUACUUCAAUUGCUUUUGUUAGCGGUAAUUGCUGUCGGCAUCAAACUUUUCCUCUGGUUCGUGCUUCGGGUGACGGACGAUAGCCAUAUCUGGAAUAUUUUACUGGCAAAACUGACCGACUACAGAGACUUUCACACAAUGCUAUACACGUGUGCGCCGGAAUUCGAUUUUCUCAAGGUCGAUUAUUUCAAAUCUCUCUGGCCGACCCUUCUUGUGCCAUUAGCAGUAGCCCUAACCUUAGUUUGCACUCAGGUAUUUCGACGGCAGCAGUUGCCACCUGAACUCCUUUUAAACCUCUACCAAUGUCUGGCAUUCUUGGCAAUGGCUUUCAUGGUUAUGAGACUCAAAAUGUUCUUGACUCCUCACCUUUGUAUACUUGCAUCACUGGCAGUACCCCCUCGAUUUCUUUCAAAUAAAUUCCCACUUCGGUCGGUCGUCGUGGCAGCUCUUGUGGGCAUCAUCGUUUUGCCUGGCUGGAACAGACUGGUAAGCAUCCACUCGCAUAAGGGCGAAUAUUCUAACCCAAACCUUGAAGAGCUGCUUAUUUUCAUUGACGAUUAUGCCGAACCUACAGAUAGCUUUGCAGGUCCAAUGCCGUUGAUGGCAAACAUUUUGUUGUCUACGGGUCGCCCCAUCGUCAAUCACCCGCAUUAUGAAGAUUCUAGGCUUCGAGCAAAGACGGAACGAAUUUAUACGCUAUUAUCUCGCAAGACGCUACGUGAAGUGUACGACCAUCUCAAGAAAUUAAAGGUUUGCUAUAUUGUAUUGAGUCGGGCGUGGUGCCAUGGAAAGAUGCGAACAGGGUGUGCACUCGUCGACAUAUGGGACGAACUCGAUCCGCUGAACAAGUUUAAGCCGCAAGUGUGCGACCGACUAGCGAGCGACGACACAGAAGGACUUUUUCAAAUUAUUUUCCAUAACGAAGAAUACACAAUGCUAAGACUAAAGUAAAUAACUACUAGCACAUAUAUAUAUGGACCGUCUCUAUGCAAACACACCUGUAAUGAUCGGUAAAGCGCUCAACGACUUCCCAAGACUACCAGAUUCCAGCCGCUGCUCUGCCAAUUGCAUAUUUUUCUUAAAAGAACUGAUAGCAGGUAGAUCGAAAUAACGGUAUAAGACCGGGAAUUUAACAGCUCGCAUAAAACACAUGGUGAUGCAAUGACCUGACAUGUUACGAAAAUGUGCCCCUUCUAAAGUCUGUGUUUUCACUUGUUAUGAUAAUAAAAUCACAGUAUUUUUUUACCUCACACACCUGAAUAAUCUAAUGGCGAACAGUUAUACGCGCGUAUUCGAAACACGAACCAGAAGUGUUGUAAAAAUCGUGGAAGUCCAACACACUUUAUCUUCUUGCAGCUAGUGAAAUUGAAAUUUUCUUGUAUGUUCUCAAUUCAGUACGAGUCAGUAACGGAAUAACGUACGUUAUUUGUAUAGUUAUUAUAUAUAAUUACAAAUUAAUAGCAAAAACGAAAAGCCAGCACUUGAGACGGAAUUAUGAAUUACUAAUUAUUAUCAUAAACCUGUACGUUUUGCCGAUAACCAUUUGAAGUUGUGAUAUUUGGUCAACGUGGAAAUUUUGUACUCAACUUAGUUUGUGUUAUAUAUGUAAUACUAUGUUCAUACACAUAAUAGUCAUCAAAUGCCAAAUACAUUGUAUCAUAAACGAGGUUGCUGAUAAGGCGACAUUUGUUAGAAAACUAUCAAAGUGGGAUCAUUUAUGUGCGCUAGGGAUACGCGCGUUGGCAAAGCUAUAUGCACAUUACUUCUCCAUUAGGUAAAGACAUUCUCGAUUGCAGUAGUUAUUUUUUGUUAGAUUUUAGCAGUCGUUUCGUCUGUUCGUCAGACGUAACGACGUACUGUUUUAUUUCUAAACUCUUACGGUACUUUAUUGUUGCGUCGAAGUGGGGAAUAUAAUAAGGUACGGGCUUCUUAUUGUCCAGUCCGAUGCUGUUUAGGUAAGAUCAUCUUAUUUUUUUUUAGGUUGUCAGUCGCUAAAAAAAGUUUAGAGCGUAGUGGAAGUGUCCGCGGGAUUUUAGUACCCUUGGAAUAAAAAAACUGAAGUGCGUCUCCUUGCGUGUUGUCACUUUAUCGUCAAACCCGACCUGGCGGUUUAAUUCUCACCACACAUGGAAAGCGAAUAUCAACGCGCUUCCUUUU